CAUACUUAUUUUCUUCUUUGUUUUUUUUUCUCUCUCUCUUGAUAACUGAAGUUGUUUGGUUCAUUCAUUAUGCUAUCAAAGGAAACUGCUAAUGUGUGGAACAGACUCAAAUCACGAUUUGGCACACAGUUUGACGGUAGUAAAAUAGACAGAGGGUGUGGAGUGAAAAUAGAAUCCAAUGCAGCAGAUGGCUCUCCCUUCAAUUCUGUGCCGAAGCAGCAGUGGAGACUAAUGGGGAUUACAGUGAUCAGCGUUAUUCUUUUUCUGUUCAGGCACGGCUUUGUGGAAGGAACGUGUUCUACUGAGAGCGGGAUGACAUGUGACGACUGCUUGCAGCUUGGACCACAUUGCGCGUGGUGUUCUCAAGAGAAUUUCACAGACUCGUUAUCUAACAGUAAAAGGUGUGACAAUCUAACCAAUCUUCUGAUGGAAGGAUGUCCAGAGGAUUUCAUUGAAUUUCCCGUCACCAAGGUUGUGAUUCAGAAAAAAAAAUCUUUGGGAGGUGGAAGAAGCCAGAAAAACAACAGGGAUGUUACCCAAAUAGCGCCUCAAAAAAUGACUCUAAAACUACGACCAGCUACUGAGGUCACAUUCCAAGUUGAUGUCCAGCAAGCUGAAGAUUACCCUGUUGAUGUCUACUACCUGAUGGACCUGUCAGCAUCUAUGGUUGACGACCUUGAAAUGAUUAAGGAGCUGGGUACUACACUCUCCAAGGAAAUGGCAAAGCUUACCAGCAAGUUCCACCUAGGAUUUGGAUCAUUUGUUGAGAAACCAGUCUUACCGUUUAUAAGAAAAACUCCAGAAGAAUUAAAGAACCCAUGCAAGGGCGUUGACCAAUUUUGCUUGCCAACUUUUGGAUACAAACAUGUUCUUCCUCUGACUGAUAGUGCUGAGAGAUUCAAUGAAAUCAUUAAAGAUCAACAAGUUUCAGCUAAUAUUGACAUUCCAGAAUGUGGAUUUGAUGCUGUCAUGCAAGCAGCUGUCUGUGGGGAUAAGAUUGGCUGGAGGAAUGAUUCAAUGCAUCUCUUGGUGUUUGUAAGUGAUGCUGACUCCCACUUUGGAAUGGAUAGCAAAAUGGCAGGAAUAGUCAUUCCUAAUGAUGGACAAUGCCAUCUGGACAGCAACAACGAAUAUUCCAAAUCAACAGUCUUGGAGUAUCCAACACUUGGACAACUAAUAGAUAAGCUUGUAGAAAAUAAUAUUCUUCUCAUUUUCGCUGUGACUGAGGAUCAGAGAAACAACUAUGAGAAUUAUGCUAAGCUGAUCCCCGGAGCCACAGUUGGAGUACUUCAGUCUGACUCCAGAAACAUUCUGCAACUGAUCAUGACUGCAUACAAAGAAUUGCGCUCAGAAAUAGAGCUGGAAGUAGAAGGUGACACUGAAGACCUACAAAUUUCCUUUACUGCGAUUUGUCAUGACGGCACAGUUCGUCCAGGACAGAAAAAAUGUUCUCAUCUUCAGGUCGGAGACACGGUUUCAUUCAAUGUUACAGUGGAAUUAGCAGAUUGCCUGAAGAAGCCCAAGCACUUUACAAUUAAACCGGUGGGAUUCCAAGAUGUGCUGGAGGUUGAGAUCGAAGCGAUGUGUAGCUGUGUCUGUCACCAUGAAGCAGAGUUGAACAGCUCCCGGUGCAGUGCAGGGAAGGGCACUUUCCACUGUGGCAUGUGUGUGUGCAACCCCGGCCACAUGGGCCCACACUGUGAAUGCACUGAAGAUAACAUACAAACUAGCCACUGCAAAGAACAUCUGGAGGGGGAAUCAUGCAAUGGGCAAGGAGAGUGCUACUGUGGACAGUGUGUUUGCCACCCUUCCAGUUUUGGACGCAUUUACGGCGCAUACUGUGAGUGUGAUGACUUUUCCUGUGUGAGGUACAGAGGGCUUCUUUGUGGAGGUCAUGGGAAUUGUGACUGUGGGGAAUGUGUGUGUCACAAUGGCUGGAUUGGUGAAUACUGUAACUGUACCACAAGUACAGAGUCCUGUGUUUCUGAUGAUGGCGUACUCUGUAAUGGAAGGGGAGAGUGUGUUUGUGGUAAAUGUGUUUGCACGAACCCCGGAGCCUCGGGCAGUAAUUGUGAGCGAUGCCCCACCUGUGGAGAUGCCUGCAGUUCCAAAAGAAGUUGUGUUGAGUGCCACCUAUAUGCAAAAGACCAGUCACCAGAAGAAUGCUAUGAAAAAUGUAAAGACGCCCAUACCACAGUCAUUCAUAGAGAAGAUUUUAAAGACAACAGAUCAAUUCCAUGCACCUUACAAAGUGAUAAUGAAUGCAUUAUUUCAUUCCACAUGUCAGCUGAUGAGUACAGACUGACUUAUGUUUACAACCUUAAACAAGCAGACUGUCCUAAACCUCCAAAUAUCCCUUUGAUAAUUUGGGGUGUUUCCAUGUCUGUUCUUACCAUCGGGAUCAUCCUGCUCAUCAUUUGGAAACUAUUUGUGUCCGUUCAUGACCGCAAAGAAGUGGCUAAAUUUGAAGCUGAACGAGCAAAUGCUAAAUGGCAAACGGGAACAAAUCCACUAUUCAGGAGUUCUACUACUACAUUUAAAAAUGUGACAUACAGAAAUACCGGAAAACAAAAAGGGGACAUUUCUUCAGAGCACUACUGACAGAUUGCACACAGUACUGUACACUAGGAAAUGUAAAACAAAACGGCAGAGUGCACUGGUUUUGAAUGUUUUACUACCUGUUCUGAUAUUUGUAUAUGGUGGCGUUGAAUGAUGUAAUGAUACUAGAGAUGUUGCUGUACACUGGAAAUAUAUAAUUGAUCCUGUUAUUUCAAACCAAUAAACUUUCGUAUACCUUUCAGGGCAUUUUAUGUUAAAGAGGAGAAAAAGCAGUUGUGUUUAAACUCUAUUUUAAAUUGAAUGCACUUCAAUUUUCUGCUUUGAAAUAACCCUAUCAUUUUUGUUUGUUUAUUUUUACUACUGAUACAAACCUUAAGACUGAAAACUGGAUGAGAAAGUCAUUCUAAUGACUGUAUAUGAAAACGUAUUAGGCUUAAAUUCAUAUAAGCACCAUUGUGUGGACACAAUUUUAGCAUUAGUUCUCUAAAAUAAUUAUGGGUGUUAAAUUGAAAGAAAAUAUUGUAAAUAUGUGUUUUGUUAAGGCUGUGCCUUGAUUGUGUUGAAAUUGCUUGUUGUAAACUGUAAAUUGUUAUUGACAUGUUUUGGUUUAUUUAGAAAUUUAAAAUGUCUUAAUAAAGACAGUUGUUUUUUAA